GAAAGAGCGAGCAAAAUACUUUCUUACGGCUCAACAAUGAAUGGACAAGACUUAAACACUACUCUGAAUCGUUUUACUGACCAAAUUGUGAAGCUCAGGCAAACGGAAAAAUCCGACGCUUUAAGUUCGUGGCAGCCCAUUGUAGAUAAGAUUGUUGAUUUCGUGAGGCAAGAAGACGUUCAUGGUCGGUUCGUCAAACUAAAAAUUGUUCCCACUGGAAGUUAUUAUGAAAGGGCCAAAGUUGGCGCGCCAGACGAGUUCGAUUUAAUGUUGGAAAUAGAGAAAUUGGAAUUGGACGCUGCACCUUAUGAAGAGUACGAAAACGACGGUAUGAACGAACCGCCAACAGGUAAUAAGGUUCUCAAUACAAUAAAAACCCUCAUUUUUCCAACUUAGCCUAAAUAGGUUCUUAUACAAAUGUUGUUUAGUUGGAUUUUAGGCUACUUAGGUUCUUUAAUAGGUUCUUAAUUUGAUAGAGGCACUAGCGAUCUGCACAGAUAAUUAGUACACGGGAUAUGUGAUUAUAAUGCUGUAAUAAAUAUAAUAAUUAUCUAGAGUACAGUUUAGUGAACCAUACAGUAAAUUUUUCUUUCCGAAGUACUAGCAUGCAUGUCCAUAAAAUGCUGUGUUACAUUUUUGAUUCUUUGAAUCUUACUGACUGAAACCUAGGCUAAAGUUUUUUUUCCGUAUUUUCGUCUGUGCCUUCAUUUUUGUAAAAUAAGGACCUAUUGGAAAUUUUAGGCUAAAUAGGUUCUUAUGAAAAGGGGGUUUAAAAUGGAAAUUUUAGCCUAACAGGUUCUUGAAUUUUAGGUUCUUAUACGCGGGUUUUUACUGUACGUUCAAAGUGAUCACAUAAUUAUUACUAGAGUACUCUGGGAUGGUUUUUGAUUGCUUCAUUUUAUUGUUAAAUACAGCCAACGACGACAUCAAAGUUCUUGUUAGAAAAAACUGUUACAUUAAUAUUAAUUCUCGUAUUUAAGCUAAAUGAUCUGAAAAUAGAAGGGGCGCAGCAACAUGCACGUAUGGUACGCACGUGCGUAUAGUCGUGGGUAAGAAAAUAAUAAAAUAUGAUAUCAAAUAAUAUACAUAAUGUGAGAGCGUCUCCUGGUUUAAAAUUAUUACCCGUUUUGUGUACCUCACAUUAAAAAAUGUACCCCUUUCACAUAUCUGCUUAAGACUCUGCAUUUUUUUUGUACAUCCUUGUAUUGAAAUUAAUCCAUAUUAUCAACGAACAAACACGUUAAAAGGCGCAUCUGUUCAAAUUUAUCAUCUUAAUAAUAGGUCCUUUUAAAGACCAAAGUGACAGAUUUCCAUACCCUUUCAAAUACUUCAACCCACGAAACCCUUUCAUAUACCUGAAGUGUGAAAUUUUGUCCCUUUUGGAAAUGCCUGCUGAUAUAGGCCAUUACAGAGGGUAUAACCCCCAAGGGACUGAUGAUACACCACUGUUGUAUUUGGAAACCCUUUUACUUCCAAAUAGCACGUGAACAGUAUGUGCACCCUUAGAUUUGAACUUGUUUAAAGCGUUAGCCUGCAUUUGCAUUAUGCAAUGCCAGAAUUCACUUUCACCUUCCCUUUCAAACAUCUGCCAUGCAUAAUUAGUGACGUAAUUGUUGAGACGUUAUCCUCAGCUGGCUGCUUUGGAGAACUAAACAAUCUGCACCCUUCCCCUCUCCCCUCAGUUCCAAGUUGGAGUGUUUGAUGAUUUUUAAAGUUACCGUUGUACCGAGUAGUGCAACAUUACUUGGAGAGAGUGGGGAAGGAAAGCUUUUCUUUCCCCUUUGAAGUCGGCAAAAUGUAAUAAUGCUCAAAGGCAAAGUGUCUUAACUAAUUUUAUUGUGUUCCCAACUGCAAGAUAAGAAACUGUCAGUGACAAUGUCACCUAAUUUCAGUGCCUUUUUUUGUCCGCAGGAUUUACUCGAGUAAUGAUCGAUAGGGGCGAGGAAGUGUUGUGGCAACGGGAAGGGUGUGCCAACUCCCGAGGAAUGUUAAAAGCAACCCAGAUUAAAGCAGUGUUUGCAAGAAUUGUUAGAGAAGCUGUUUCCUACCUGGGAUAUCAAAGGUACCACUCCAUAAGCAAAGAUUUUGUAUUAUCUGGGAAAAUGCAUGUAUUGAUAAGCUGUAAACAUCAUUCACCUCUAAAUUAGAGGGCUUGAGUUAACAAACAUUAUUACCAGUGUCAUUUCACAGGGAAGGGUUGAUUCACAUUCACCAGCCCAGACAAGUAGAAACUGACGUGUACAGGUAAGUAAGGGAGGAAAUCACUGCCGUUAAACGCUAGCUUCAACAGCAUGCAAAAGUUGUCACUUUAACUGAGUGCACAAUUUAGGGCCUUUCUACCAAAGACGUAAUGGAUUUCGAUUAAUUCUGGGUCCCUUUUUUAAUUCCCUUCCUUCCCACCCAAUGCACAAAACACUCACAGGAGUUAACAAAUGUAUUGAAUCAUUUGAUAGGAGGACUAAGAACUGAGGACUUAGCCUUCAAAUUCCAGUUUAAGAUUACACACUCGCGGAGCAAUAGUAGACACAGUUGAGACCUACAUUGUACCAACAAGGACGUUAUUAAUAUUGAAAAUGAAGCAAAAAUAGAUUUUAAAUCAUUGAGUAGCCAGAAUGGAAGAAGCACUACUGAUCAUAAAGGUGGCAUUCCCAGGAAAAAAAUUUUUCCUCAAAUUUAAUAGGCACAGUUUUCAAGAUUAGUGUCAUGGCAAUGUCAUGAUGGUGCACAUAAUUAUGUUGGGGUAAAAAAGGGGUCAAGGGGAACAAGUUAUUUUCAUAAUGUGACUAGCCUGUGUUUGUUCAACCUUUUGAAUGUAACUUGGCCCCUGUCUAAAAUCUUUUGGCCAAUAAUGUUAAAGAGCUUACAUCACCAUUAUUUUUAAUUAUUUAUACAUUGUACUCACUAUCUGUCUUAUCACUGGCUAAGAGCCUACAGCUAAUUCUGGAAAUCAGCGCAACCUACAGAUUAGUUAGUUAUCUGCUAGUAGAUAACUGACUAAUCUGUAGGUUGCGCACACAAUGCAUGAUUUCCUAUAACAGUAUCAAUUCAGGUUCCUUGGGACGGUGUAUUUUUCAUCAUUUCUUCACCACAGUAUAUAAGAAAACAAUUAUUAGAUUCGGUUUUUAUGAAAUCCUAAAUAAUCAAAGACUCGGUAAGUGUUAUCAGCCUCGACCUUCGGCUUGGCUGACAAAACUUACCUCGACCUUGAUUAUUCCAAAUAUCACAAAAACCUCAUCCAAUAAUAAUUAUUAUUGUUUAUAAUAAUUGUUAAUAAUUAUGUAAUUCUGUUUAAUGAAGGGCUCCAAAAUUUUAUAUGUACAUGUAAAUAAAAAAAAUUAAACCUAACAUGUAGAUGCAACAUAAUGGUAAUAAUUUAUUACAUUAAGCUCUUCUCUUUCCGAUCUUUAGCUUUGUUGAUGUUAAGUCAGAAGGUCCUGCAGUGACCUUGAAAAUUACCAGGAAUAGGAAAGAAUACUCCAUUGACCUGACCCUUGCCAUAAAAGAUAAUUCUUGGCCAGAAGAUGCGGAGGAAUGGAGAACAAGACGUCGAAAUGGUAUUGUUUUUACUGCACUCUUGUUCCCUAAACAGAAACUUCCAACCGAACCUAGUACAUUUAUACACAGGUAUCUUGUAAUGCUGACAUUGUUCAGAUGUUGUUUUAUGUACAGUGUAUGACUUGCUACAUUAUUGUUAGUGCAUCUGAACUAUUAUGUCCAAUGUGAUCUUCCUACACACAUUUAUCAUUUUGUGUUUUCAUUGCAUUUAUUUAGUUUGGCCCAGUCAUGACCUUGUGCGUGAAAUUUGUCAAGAUGGCUGUCACUUGGUGGCAAAACAACCAAAAGGGAUUACUGUUCCUGAUAAUGAAAAAGGAUUUUUCUGGAGAUUUUCUUUUUCAACAGCUGAAAAGAAGCUGUUUCUCAGAGGGGGCCAUGGAGAAGCUAGCUCUUGCCGAAAGCAAGUAUUGCGUAUACUGAAGGCACUAAAAGAAGAAUUAAGCCUGCAUCCACUGAAGUCAUACCACCUUAAAACUUUGCUGUUAUACGAGUGUGAAGCCUAUCCUCACUCAAGGGAGUGGAGCUUUGGUUGCUUAAGUGAGAGAUUUCUUGGCCUUCUGUGUAAGCUUGAGGGAUGUUUGAGACAGAAAAACUGCCCUCACUAUUUUAUCAGAAAUUUCAACUUGUUUGAGACAUUCUCUGACCAAAGUUGUCUUAACCUGGCUGAACGCAUAAAGCAGAUUAGACAAGAUCCUAAAAGGGUCUUGAGCAAUCUUAUUGGACAGCAUUAA